AGAAAAAGGCCUUUAGGGUUCUCCGGUAGUCUCCCGCUCUCCACUCACUCAAACAGCCUAAAAAACGGGCGGGAUUCUCACAUACACCCGCUGCAGCAGCACUCCCAUUCCCUUUUCUCGAUUCUUCAAACCUUCCUACCGAUUUCUGUCACACUCUUCCAAAGGAUGCCCAUCGGUGUUCGACAUCUGACGGUUCUGGGUGAGUUCAAGCCCUUUGGCUUGAUCGCAGAAGCUCUCGAUGGCGGAAAGGCUCCCGAGAACGCCCACGAUAGAUACCACUAUUUCCUCUUCGAUCCAGAGAUCGCCCGCGAAACGGAUGGCGACGCAGGUAACGAUUCAUCACUGGGGCCUGAUUCCUGCGAUGGUGAUCACGAGCUCUUCAUCAGAGGAAACCGGAUGAUUUGGAGCACGGGUUCGCGAGUGCACAGAAGAUACACCUCCUGCUCGUCAAUAAUUAUGGCUUGCUGGUGCCGUAUGGAUUCCAUAUCAGAACCACUUCUUUGUGUUUUACAAAUUGACACUUUGACAGUCUACAACACUUCUGGCGAAGUCAUAUGCAUUCCACUUCCUCAUCCUAUAGCAUCAAUAUGGCCUCUUCCAUUUGGUUUACUCCUUCAAAGGGCAACUGAUGGGACUCGUCCUGCCUAUUUACCAUUUUCAUCAUCAAGCCCACUACUAAAUGCACGUGAUUUAUCUCGUCCAAAUAGAGAACAUGCAUCCAGUCAAUACAAUUUGAGUGCAUUCAGUUCAUCUAGUCAUAAUGUUGUGGGGGAUGCAUCUACCAUGUCGUCACAUUUAAUUUUGAAGCACCCACUGGAAGAGCCGCAGGUAGUUUUUGUCAAUGAAAACGGCGAGUUAAGUUCCAUGAAGGAUUUUGAUGAAAGAAUAAUAUGGACUAGUGACACUAUUCCACUCAUGGCAUCAUAUCAUAAAGGCAAGAUGCAGCAUUCAGUGUGGUUUGUUGAAAAUGUUAAUUCUGAUCUUGAAGCAUCCAGCACAUCUGCAACAAUGGAUGCAGUUGCUGCAGAAGUGUUAUGUAAGCAGUUCUUUUUGCGGAGAAUAUGGCAGGGAAAAUGCACCCAGUCUGCUGCUAGUAAGGUGUUUCUGGCAACUGACGAUGAUGGGGUGCCUAUUAUUUGUUUGCUCCUUCAAGAACAAAAAGUGCUACUCUGUGUAAGGCUUCAGACUGAUGAGAGUAAUAAUGAGCUUCUUGUUGAUGUUAAACUUCAUAUGAGCCAGAGCAUCCCUGCGAUUGCUGCUGCUUCUGUUAUUGUGACACGUCCAAGAGUGAAAGUUGGACUGCUACCGUUUGCUGACAUAGUUGUCUUGGCUUCAGAAAACAACCUUCUUCUUUAUUCAGGUAAACAAUGCUUAUGCAGGUAUUAUUUGCCAUAUAGUCUGGGAAAAGGCUUGGUUUCAGAUAAUGCAGAAUCUUCAGAAUUGACAACCAAUUUCCAUGACCUGAAGAUUAUCGGAUUAGCAGAUGCUGUUGACAGCAAAAUUAAUAUAAUAGUCAAUAAUGGCCAGGUGUUUAGAUGUGCAUUACGAAGAAGCCCAUCUUCUUCACUGACAAACGACUGCAUUACAGCAAUGGCCGAAGGGCUGCAUCCAUAUUUUUACAAUCAUUUUGUUACUCUUCUUUGGGGUGAUAGUGGUUCCACCUAUUUGUCUAAUGCUGAUUCUUGUGUUGAUUCAGAAUGGAAUUCUUUUAGUAGUAUUGUAAUGCAAUUGUGUAGUAACAGGUUCAGUCCUCAAGAACCUUCAAAUAUCAUGCCCAGUACAUCAUGGGAGUUUCUAGUUAACAGCAAAUUCCACUUGAAUUACUGCAAGCGCACCUCUAUCACUGGGAUUUCUUUUGCAACUGCGCUCGACCCUACAGAAUCUGCUUCCUCUGGUGCAUGCAAUCUCGAUAAACAAAGUCGAGGGAAGUCAUUCUACUAUCAGACAUUGGACUCUUUGCAUGCACUGUAUGAAACUCUGAAGCUAGAUAAUCUACGGAAACAGGACUUGCAACUUCUUGUUAUUCUAUUGUCUAAUAUUGCUGUUUCUUUGGGCGAGGCAAGCUACAUGGAUCAUUAUCUUCGUGAUUUCCCCUACCUCUUGCAGAAAUUUGGGAUCUGUCCUUCGUCGUUUGUUGCGAGAACUCCACCAUGCUUAUUUAGAUGGCUUGGAAACUGUUUGCAACAUGGCUGCAAUGUUGCUAAUAUUGAUGACCUUCCGCUGCUGAUUCGUAAAGGUAGAGGUUCUGUGGUGAGUUGGGCCCGCAAAAUAGUCUCUUUCUACAGCUUAUUAUUGGGAUCAGAGAGAAUUGGAGGAAGGCUUUCUACAGGAGUAUAUUAUAACAUUGCCAAGGGAUCUGCACGUACUCCAGAGGAACUCACCGUAUUGGCAAUGGUUGGUGAAAGAUUUGGACUCCAACAUCUGGACUUACUCCCCGCUGGUGUAUCUCUUCCUCUGCGACAUGCAUUAGAAAAAUGCCGGGAGUGUCCGCCCACCGACUGGCCAGCGGCUGCAUACGUUCUUGUUGGUCGAGAGGAUUUGGCAAUGACAUGUUCAGGAUCUGCAAGAAAAUCCAAAGAGCCAGUAUCCGAAGCCAAUGUUAAUUUAGUUUCUGUUUCUGCACCAUAUAUGCUACACUUGCAUCCAGUUUCUAUCCCCUCAUCAACUUCUGAUAUGACGGGAUUGGACGGUGUGACAAUUGAGGAUGCUGAUUCUAUCGAUGGUUCUAUGGUCGAUGGCAUGGAGCAUAUGUUCAACGCGAGCACACAAUUGCGUUAUGGUCGUGAUCUGCGGUUGAAUGAGGUUAGGCGUCUCUUGUGCUCUGCAAGACCUGUGGCAGUUCAAACGUCCGUUAAUCCUAGCACCUCUGAUCAGGACCUCCAACAGGCUCAGCUCUGGCAGCUUGCUCAACGAACUACUGCUCUCCCUCUUGGUCGAGGGGCAUUUACUCUUGCUACCACUUGCACUCUAUUAACAGAGGCACUUGCGGUUCCAAAGCUUGUUUUGGCGGGACGCUUGCUUGCACAACAAAAUGCAACGGUCAAUCUAGACCCAAGUACAAGGAAUAUGGCGGAACUAAGAACAUGGCCAGAGUUUCACAACGGUGUUGCAGCUGGAUUAAGGCUGGCUCCCUUUCAGGGGAAAAUGUCAAGAACAUGGAUAGCAUACAACAAACCGUUGGACCCGACUGUUACUCAUGCUGGACUUCUCCUAGCAUUGGGUUUGCAUGGACAUUUGCGUGUUUUGACGAUUGCUGAUGUAUAUCGUUAUCUUUCUCAGGAACAUGAUACCACAACUGUGGGAAUUUUGCUUGGUAUGGCAGCCUCUCAUAGGGGGACUAUGCAUCCGGCAAUAGCUAAGACUAUUUAUCUUCAUAUUCCUUCUCGGCAUCCAUCUUCCUUUCCAGAAUUGGAAUUACCGACACUUUUGCAGUCAGCGGCGCUCAUGGCUGUUGGACUUCUUCAUGAAGGAUCAGCACAUCCAUUAACUAUGAAAAUUCUUCUGGUAGGUGAAAUAGGCCGUAGAAGUGGUGGUGACAAUGUACUUGAAAGAGAAGGUUAUGCAGUUGCUGCAGGGUCGGCAUUGGGACUUGUAGCUUUAGGUCAAGGCAAAGAUGCAUUUGGUUCUGUGGACACUUUGGUGGAUCGGCUUUUCCAAUACAUUGGUGGCAAAGAAUUCCAAAAUGAGAGAUCCCUGAAGAUGGCACAAACAAUAGAUGAUCGCAAUCGCAGUGCUGGGCAGCUGAUGGAUGGAACACUGGUCAAUGUUGAUGUUACUGCACCUGGUGCUACAAUUGCACUAGCACUAAUGUUUUUGAAGACAGAAUCAGAGGUCGUGGCAUCUAGGCUUUCUAUUCCUCUCACUCAUUUUGAUUUGCAUUAUGUUCGGCCUGAUUUUAUAAUGCUCCGCGUCAUUGCACGGAAUUUGAUAAUGUGGAGCAGAGUCCAUCCUUCUAGAGAAUGGAUCGAAAACCAGAUUCCUGAAAUUGUGAAAAAGGGUGUCACGAACACUAGAGAUGACUCAAGUGACGGUGAUGACAUGGAUGCAGAAGCCCUGAUUCAGGCAUAUGUGAAUAUAGUAGCUGGAGCAUGCAUUUCGCUAGGGUUAAGGUAUGCUGGUACCAGAAAUGGUGAUGCACAGGAACUGCUGUAUAAUUAUGCAAUUUACUUCUUGAAUGAGAUCAAGCCUAUUUCUGUUACAAGUGGGAACACCUUCCCAAAGGGGUUAUCACAGUAUGUAGAUCGUUUUACACUAGAGACAUGCCUUCAUCUCAUUGUUCUUUCCCUUACUGUGGUUAUGGCAGGCUCCGGGCAUUUGCAAACAUUUAGGUUACUGAGAUACCUGCGCGGUCGAAACUCUGCAGAUGGACAUGCUAGUUAUGGAAUCCAAAUGGCUGUCAGCUUAGCUAUCGGAUUCUUGUUUCUUGGUGGAGGAAUGCGGACAUUUUCCACUGGAAACGGUGCCAUUGCUGCUCUGCUGAUUACUCUUUAUCCGCGAUUGCCCACUGGACCAAAUGACAACCGCUGCCACCUUCAGGCUUUCAGGCACUUCUAUGUCCUUGCAACUGAAGCUCGCUGGGUGCAAACAGUAGAUGUUGACACAGGUCUACCAGUUUAUGCUCCACUAGAAGUGACCAUCACAGAAACAGAAUAUCAUGCAGAGACAAGCUUUUGUGAAAUCACCCCUUGCAUUCUGCCUGAACGUGCUGCUCUUAAGACUGUUCAAGUUUGUGGGCCCAGGUAUUGGCCUCAAAUCAUAGAGCUUUUGCCUGAAGAUAAACCCUGGUGGAGAUCUGGAGAUAAGAAUGACCCUUUCAAUGGCGGCCUUCUUUAUGUCAAGCGGAAAGUCGGAGCUUGUUCAUAUGUGGAUGAUCCAAUUGGAUGUCAGUCCUUGCUGUCACGGGCAAUGCACAAGGUUUGUGAUAUGACAAGCUUGUGGGGCUCCACAAAUAUCAAAGGCAAUAGUGCACCUGGUUCUUUUAAAGUUGAUCAGUUGAUCAGUAACUUUUCGGCUGAUCCAAGCUUAAUAUCAUUUGCACAACUUUGUUGUGAUUCUUCUUGGCACAACAGAUCUGAUGUCGAUUUCAAGGAAUUUUGCUUGCAAGUACUAUUUGAGUGUGUAAGUAAGGACAGACCAGCUCUCUUACAGGUCUAUCUAUCAUUAUACACAAUGAUUAAAUCAAUGGCUGAGCAAGUUACAGGCGGUGGUGUUUUUGGUGACUCACUCUUUCUUUCUAGUCUAAAGCUUGCAGUAGCCUAUAACGACGCUCUGGUUUGUGGCAAACUGACCUGUGCAAGAGGAGGCAUUGUUCAAUCUACAUUUAUUGCAUCUCUCAAGAAGCGUGUGGAAGAUAUUCUGAACUAUUCUCAAGGUCGAGAUGAUUUCCUUAACUACCUGAACGGUGGAAAGUGGCCACAAGAGAAAUCAGAUGGAGAUAGAAACAGCGCUUUGAUUCUUUCUUGGCAUCUUAAAUGGUGUGACAUCCCACCUGCCUAUGUCAUCCAGUCAGCAGUGGAGAAGAUCAAGUCCAAGGUUCCAAUGGCCUCCUCUUCAGUUCCUUUGUUGCGCUUGUUACUGCCGACAACUCACAUUAGUGCACUUGUUGAGAUUGAUAAGUUACACUUCUUCAAGAGAUAGUAUCUGAAGCUUCAGCAUAAGUCUUAUGGAUGGCCAGAUAGGUGUGUGCAGAUAAAAGAGAUUCCCAUUAUCUUCCAUUUCAGUCACUUUCUACUGCAGUAUAACAGUCACCCAUCGACCAGUAACACUUGAUAUGUUAGGCUAACUCAUCAGACCAUACCGUUAAACCUCAUUCUUCGCAAUCGCAUUCAGUUCCGAAGAGCCUUAGUAAUUUGCACAAGUGAAUGAAAGAAUGGAAAAGAUGCCUCACUGGAUUUGAGUUGGAUGAGCAAUACAUGCCUAAACCCAAUCUUCAGGACAGGCGGAAGAUCACUGAUUCACUGGCAGCAAUAUGUUUACACUAGAUAUAACUUGAAUUCUUGUUAAAGUAGCCUUGAUGUAAUUUUUUGUGUAUUAACAUGUUUAUGAAAUAUAAUUAUAAGAUUAUUUAAGUGUUC